AUGGACGUUCAACGUGAAGAUUGCACUAUGAAAAUAAAGAAAAAGAAAUGCCGUGGUGAUCGAAAACGUCAACGCUUCCGAAGACAACUCUAUCGUCAAGGUUUAGAUUCUGAUACUGUCAAAAGGAAAGAAGAAGAAAAAUUUGGUUCACAAUCAUCAUCAAUGAGAGAAGAAUCACGAAGAACUGACAAACAGCCGGUUAUAGAAAAUAUUGAAGUAUACAUACCUUUAAAUCGAAUUACAUUAUCCCAAUUGAAAAUGAACGAUGAAGAUGAUCCAAAUGAAAAUAGUAAUCCAUUUGCAAUAAAACGAAAAAGAUUUAUAUUAACACCAACGCCAACAACAGAAUCAAGAUCAAUACUUGAUAAAUCAUGUAGUUCAUCUAUAGGAUUACAACAUAAUUCUAAGAAAUCAAAAACAACAAGAACAUUAACUACAGCAGCAUCAUCGAAUAUUUCAUCUCCUAUUAAUGAAAAUGAAGAAAACAUGAAUGAUGUAGAACAACCAAAACCACGUUAUUUAAAAGUAUCGGAUCGAAUAUUUAAACAAUUAUUUGCCAAUGCUAUUGAUAAUGGUUCUCAACUUGUGAAAUGUCUGAAUACUCCAGAAAAAAUCCAAUGUAUUCGUGAGGUAACUGAAAUAACAAAUAAUUUUCAUUUUAAGGAUUUUCAAGAAAAAUUAUGGCAAACAUAUGCAACUAUAAGUUCUACGGAUAAUGAAUGGGAAUCUAAAAUCACAAAAAAAUUUGCUCGUGAACAUAACACAUGUCGAAUGUAUCGUCCGAAAAAAUCUUUUAUUCAACAACGACAAAUAAUUAUUGUCAAACAAAAACAACAGCUACAAAUAAAAUUACAAGAAAAUUUAAGUCAAUUAUUAAAUCAAAUCGUCACAUGGCAACCAUCGAUAGAUGCAACAUUAUUAUCAGAUGCAAUCGAUACAUGUGUUCGACAUAAUCUACGACGAUUAAAAGAAGAAUAUUUAUUUAAAAUGGAUAUGAUAAAAUUAAAUUGGGCUGAUCAAAACUUAAUUCGAAAAUUUUAUGAAUUAAUACCUAAUGACGAUGUUAUUCAAGCGGCUAAACAAUUAUGGCAAAUAGCAGCCGAUGAAUUAAGAACAAAAGAAAAACAGGAAAUCUUUCGACAAUGUAUCUAUCUGAAACGAUUACCUAAUAAAAUAGAACAAUUAUUAAAUAAUUUACUUGAUCAUAAUCGAAAAACGGUGAACAAUUCCUUCUAUGAUGCAGAUCAACGUGUUAGUUGUGAUUCACGUUGCUUAAAAAUGAUUAAUCAAUGUCAAUUCAAUUUAAUGUUAAUUUAUUUGGAUGAAUUUACUAUGUGUUUAGAUCGUUAUGAAAAAACUUACCAGAAAUUAAAAGAUCAAUUAAAGAAAAAAAAUCGCGAAAAUCCAAUAAUUUACACAAAUAUACUCAUCGAUCUCAUCGAACAACGUCGACAGGCAAUGAUACAACGAUUUAAUCGUAUUCGUCAAUAUCGUUUGAAGACUUUUUUCGACCAAGCUCCGGCGGUGCAUCUCAAUUAA